CACCAUUUAAUAUUUGCGAUGGCGCGCCUCGCACGUGCACAGGUCCGCCAUGAGCGGUACCAAAAGUGCAUCCAAUGGAUGACAAUGGCGGUGAUGUUGGCCAUGAUGGGCGAAGAAGACCUGUUCCUGGUCAUGGGCGCCUAUGCCCGUCAAGAGAUGGCGCUGUACGACCAGCUCGUAGCACCCACGACCCUCCCUGGUGUAUGUCCCCACUUCGAUUUCUUCGAGGUCAUUGGAGGGUUUGACUUCAAGGAGCUCUUCAGAUUCGAGAAGCCUCACUUUAUCAGGCUGUUGGAUGCGCUGGAGCUGCCGGAAUACUUCGAAUUACACAGAGGGGGUUACGGGGCAUCCAAAGUUCCCGCGCGGCUCGCACUGGGUUUAACUCUGUGGCGCUUGGCAUGCCCGACGACAUUACUCCGCGAUAGACUGUUCUAGGGCUUGGCAGAAGCUUUAAUUUGCGAGAUCUUCAACGCUACCAUCGAGUGCAUUUACGAUCGUUGGGGGCAUCUAGUUGACCAGUUGCAACACGAAGCGAUCCUGCCUAAGAUUGAUAUGUUCUGUGAAGCCAUUCAAGACAUGGGUUCCCCCCUAGACCGCUGUUGGGGAUUUAUAGACGGAACUGUCCGUGCGAUUGCUCGCCCGUGGCGCAUGCAGAGGCUCUGGUACAACGGCUGGAAACGUAAGCAUGCCUUGAAGUAUCAAGCAGUAGACACUCCUGAUGGUAUUUCACGGCAGCUGUGGGGGCCCAUGCUAGGGCGUCGCCAUGACGUCGCUCUGCUGGGCGAGAGUGCCCUGCUGCAGUCUAUGCAGCAGUGGUUCAACGAUGACGCAGGCACUCCGUACUAUAUUUACGGAGACCCAGCCUACCAGAUACCGCCGUGGUUGAUGGCGCCGUUCAAGGGUGUGCUCACGCCCGAGAUGCAGGCUUUCAACACUGAUAUGAGGGCUUGCAGAGUGACAGUUGAGUGGGGCUUCGGUAAGAUCGUGGCGUUAUGGCCUUAUGUUGAUUACGCCAAGAAGCAGCAGGCCGCGUUGAGCUCGUGUGGGCUGGGGAAGCAGUACUCCGUCGCUGGCAUUUUGACGAACUGUCACUCUUGCUUCUAUGGUAACUCGACAUCAAAAUACUUUGGAGUAGGGCCGCCGUCGCUUGGAAGGUACCUCAGUGGAGAAGGGUAGGGUUAGGGCGUUGCUGUGAUCACGGCGCCUUGUGUCAUCGAAAGUAGGUCGUGGAAGAACGAGCUGUAACGGUCCUGAAAGUGCGUGUGUGGGUGGGGGGAUUAGACGUAUGGAUGGAUGUUUGCAAUUGGUGCGGUAGAAUCUCUUGUGUGUCAACGUACAGCUGUGCACAUUGAUGUUGUGAGGGUUUUGCGUCGCAACGUUGUCGUGCCGGCGGAAAGCUGCCAUGGUUGUUGUCGCGGUUUUGUCGUUGUUUUUUGCAGGCUUGACUAAGAAACAAGCGCUAAGAGCGUUGAUGGAAAACCCCGGAAAAAUCUUCAACUG